UCUGCAUGUAAUGGCUGCUUACAGAAAGGAGAUUAUUGUUGGUCCAAAGAUCAAAUUCUUCACCAUCUCUUGCUUGUUUCUACUUCUCUCCCUCGUAAUCCUACUCUCAACUUUCAGGCUAAAAACCUUAGUUUUCGUGCUUGAUAGUCGAAAUAUCGAUGUUUUGGCAUUACCACAUGAAGGUCUUCACGUGAAACAAUUUCCACCAUCACCAUUAAUUAGCUUUCUCAAGAAUGAGUUAAGUGGUAAUGAGAAUAUCAAGGUCGGAUUAGUAAACACAGAAAAGAUAGAUGAUGAAUAUUGGUAUUUUCUAGGCGAGACAGUUGCUGUUGGUUUCGAUCGUGUUUCAAACAAGAUACAGUGGAAAGAUUUUAUGCGUGAAUGGAUAGACGAAGAACAUAAGUACCGCAAGCCCAAAUGCCCGGAAAUACCAAUGCCAGAAUUCGAAAAGUAUGGGGACGACUUGGAUGUGGUGAUUUCAAGAGUUCCAUGUGGAAAUGAAACUGAUGCUGCUAGAGGAAAUGGAAUUAGGGAUGUUUUAAGGUUACAAGUAAACUUAGUUGUUGCAAAUCUGGUAGCAAGAUCAAGAAGAAAUGACAAACCAGUUUAUGUUGUGUUUAUUGGUUCUUGUGGACCCAUGAUAGAGAUUUUUAGAUGUGAUGAUUUAGUGAAACAUGAAGGAGAUAUUUGGAUUUACAAACCUGAUUUAAGGAGAUUGCAACAAAAAGUUCAAAUGCCUGUUGGAUCAUGUGAACUUGCUACACCAUUUUUAAAACAAGGGGGUAGCAUCGACUACGAUUUCACAAAACUGGGGAAGAGUAUUCCAAUUGAUAACCCAAGAGAAGCCUAUGUAACAGUUCUACAUUCAUCAGAAUCAUAUGUUUGUGGUGCAAUAUCUUUAGCUCAGAGUAUAAUCCAAACAAAUUCUACAAAAGAUAUGGUUAUUCUUGUCGAUGAAUCCAUAACACUGAAAAGUCGUCAAGAACUAGAAUUUGCCGGAUGGAAAAUCAAGCUCAUUGACAGAAUUCAUAGUCCCCAUGCUAGAAAGAAUGCUUACAACGAAUGGAAUUACAGUAAGUUGAGAAUAUGGCAACUCGCCGAGUAUGACAAAUUAAUUUUCAUAGAUUCUGAUUUAAUUUUACUCAGAAACAUUGAUGACUUUUUCGCAUACCCACAAUUAUCAGCAGUAGGAAAUGAUAGAGUUAGAUUCAAUUCUGGGAUAAUGUUGAUCGAACCAUCGAAAUGUAUGUUUGAAUCACUUAUGGAGAAAAGAUAUACUGUGUUUUCAUAUAAUGGAGGUGAUCAAGGUUUUCUUAAUGAGGUUUUUACGUGGUGGCAUCGGUGGCCGAAGAGACUGAAUCAUUUGAAGCUCCGUCCAAGAAAUGCAAGUGCUCCUGAAAUACCCGAAUCAAGAUAUGCAGUUCACUUUUUAGGGUUUAAACCAUGGACAUGUUAUAGAGAUUAUGAUUGUAACUGGCUUAGGAAGGACCAUAAUUCAUUUGCUAGUGAUAUGGUUCACCGAAUGUGGUGGCAAGUUUACGAUUUAAUGCCGGAGAGACUGCAGAAAGUUUGUGGUCUCACAAAGGUGAAAGAUCAGAAAAUACAACAAUGGAGAAGAAUGGCAGAAAAUGCUAAAUUACCUGAUGAGCAUUGGAAGAUCAGUAUCACUGAUCCUAGACAUAUUAAUUUGGUUGAUUAAUCAAUGUGACACAUUGAUUUGCUUGAUUAAUCAACGUUUUUUCCGGUCUUAUUGUAAUUUUUGAAGUUUUCUGUAAUAUACAUAUA